AUUUAGUCACAGCACCUGGUCCAGCUGCUGAGCCUGGUAGAUUUCCUCUGCUUCUGUUUCAUCCUGACCCCCACCAAGGCAAAAUACAUCUGCAACUACACCUCCCCAGCUUAGAAUACCAACCAUAAAAAGUGCCUGAUCAGGUCACUUUGUUGAAUAUCCUGUUCAUCUCAUUUUAUUGCCUUUUCUAAGUUGAAAGAAUUCAUCUAAGUUGACUCGGUCACUGGAGCUGAAUCAUUUUCCAAAUCAGGCAGAGAAAAUCUGGACUUCUGAUUUUUCGGGAGAGACAAGAAACAGCCAGUCUCUGAAAAAUGGACGACAAAAAUUUGUUCAGACAGGAAUUAGUGGAUGUUGAUGGAGUUCCCCUCUUCCGGACCACUGCAGAAGCGUGGUCGGAGGUAGAAGGAUUUGAGGCCAGACCAGAUGACCUUCUCAUCUCCACCUAUCCCAAAUCUGGUACCACUUGGGUCAGUGAAAUCUUGGAUCUGAUCUACAACAAUGGGGAUGUGGAGAAAUGCAAACGAGAUGCUAUAUUCAUUCGGGUCCCUUUCAUGGAACUGAUAGUGCCUGGAUACGUAAAUGGCAUAAAGCAAUUGGAAGCAUUGAAGUCCCCACGCCUGAUAAAAACCCAUUUGCCAGUUGAACUCCUUCCUUCUUCUCUGUGGAAAAAUGAUUGUAAGAUGAUCUAUGUGGCACGGAACGCUAAGGAUGUAGCUGUCUCUUACUAUUAUUUCUACAAGAUGGCGAAGAUACACCCAGAGCCUGGUACCUGGGAGGAGUUUCUGGAGAAUUUCAUGACUGGAAAGGUGGCUUUUGGUUCCUGGUAUGACCAUGUGAAGGGCUGGUGGGAGAAGAAGAAGGACUACCGUAUCCUCUACCUCUUCUAUGAAGAUAUGAAGGAGGAUCCAAAACGUGAACUACUGAAAAUUCUGAAAUUCCUGGAAAAGGAUUUGCCAGAAGAGAUUGUGAAUAAAAUCCUCUAUCACACCUCCUUCAAAAUCAUGAAACAGAACCCAGCCACCAAUUAUACCAUGAUGACGGAAAAAGAAAUGGACCACAGCAUAUCUCCCUUUAUGAGAAAGGGGAUUUCAGGCGACUGGAAGAAUCAGUUCACCGUAGCCCAGUACGAAAGAUUCGAAAAACAUUAUAAUCAGCAAAUGGAAGGCACCACACUGAAGUUUCGAGCAGAGAUCUGAAGAAUGUUUCCCUUCCCUCCAAAGCUCUGAGACGCUUUGCAGGAGAAAAAACACCUACUAAACACUUAGUGAAAAUAUGUAUAGGCUGUGAGUUUCUACAGUUGUCUAGCUUAGUAAUUGGCAUAUAUAUGUAUACAUACAUACAUACAUAUAUACAUAUAUAUAUAUAUAUAUAUAUAUAAUGCAGAGAAAAGUCCUAAGACUAUACAUCAGAGGAUACCAAGAAUGAUUGUCCAAGAUUUCCUAGUAAACUGCCCAAGUGUUUGAAUUGUCUUAAAGAAUUAAAUCAAGAAUUGAGACAAGAAUUUUAAAAGCAUGCAAUUACAUACCUUCCUAUUAUACAGAGUUGUAACUAGAGUUGAACAGGUGGGGCUUUGUCCAAGAGCAAUGAAAUUUAGAAAGUUAAAAAAAAAUUUAAAUGAUUUUGAAAGACUAUAAAGUUUUGAAAUUUGAUUUGUUACGUUUGAUAGCUCAUGGACUCUAGUAGAAUUAAAACAUACCUCAAUAGCAAAGAUUAUGAGUUCAAAGUGGAAGCCACCAGAAGGUAGAAUAUGUGCCCCAAAUGAGUUUCUUCUUAGCCUGGCCACACCAAGUUCCGAGGCAAGGUGGACACCUAAAUACGUGCUACAACCUGCCUGCAAGAAAAUUCAGUGUCCUUGUGUCUCUCCUACUCAACUGACUUUGUCUUAAUUCUUUCCUACAUUGUUUUUAUAUCAUAUAUUAUAAAGUUUAUUUGAGAUCUCAUUUUGAUUUGCUUGCCCCAGACAUCAAAACUGCUAGCUAUAUCUCUGUGAUGCCAUGUUUCUUCAUGAUUUAAAUGGAUAGGUAGUAGAAAGGCUCAGAUUAUGGGUUCUUGGUCAAAGAAAAUCUCAGCAUGAGGGAGGCUUUGGAUUUGUGAGACCUAGAAACAACCUUCAUCAAAACUAGCUCCCUAAUUCCUCAUUGUCUCCUUCCAUAAGAACUGGGAUGUAUCAAGUCAAUGCUGAGUUUUUAACGGAGUCUAUACAAGGGAAGUAAUAGAUAGAUUCACCCUCAGGUGGCCCAAUCAUCUAUAUUUCAAUGAAUCAAGAUGACUGCAUCAUAGUCUUAGAACAAGUCAGUGUUUUGGUAAUCACUCUCUCCAAUGGAUAUAUUUUAUAUAAUGCGGGUAUAAAACAAUAUCAAAAAAGCAACAAAUAAAUAUAGUGACCAAAUAGCAGAAAGGGCAAGAUUCACCUGUUACCUUUCCAGAAUACAGCUUUCAGAAAUGAUUUAGUGAGCAUUUGUCAUCACUUUUAAUCAAAUUAGCUAAUAUUUACUGAGCAACGGCAUUGUGCGAGACUGUACCUAAUCCUGUGCCAGGCACCACAUGGGAUACAAAAAUGUAACUUGUGGUCUCUGCCUUCAAAAAGCUUACAGUCUUCUUGGAGAGGCAAAGCACAUAAGAAGCAGUAAAAGAACAAAGGCAAAAUGAUGAGGUACCAACCGUGAGAGUAAUGGAAGUUCUGAAAAAGGCCCACUCUGUUCCCUUCUCCAAAGAUUCAGACUAUUCUCGUUUGAGUCCAAGGUUUUCUGCCAAUUGUUCAUCCUUAACUGCUCUACUCUCAUAUUCCCCCUUUGAGUCAUACUCCUGCACCCCCUGGAGUCCAGCUGAGACUCUACUUAAUAAGGCAAAUGAAAAUAUUCUUGAUUCUAAAUGGAAAGGGAUCACUCGGUUUUCAUUCUUUGGUUUCAUGAUACGAUGGACCACCAAUUGAUCCUCAUCAUCUUCUCUGACCUUGAUUUCCAGGCAUAGUUCAUGCCCUCUCACUCUACUGAUAAUCCUAUAGAGUCUCUUUUAAAUGUUCCAUAUUAAACCACCUCAUAGGGAAUCACA